CCUGAGUUUAUUCUUUCAACAAUUGUUGUGAAGGUGGCACGAUGGUGGCAUCGGUACCUGUCUCGGUCAGUACGACAUCCGGGAGCCACAUUGGUCCUCUUGGCUCAGCCUUUACUCCUCUACCUGCUCGAAUAAGUCAAGGUUUACCGCUUCUGCAGACGCUACCAUUCCUACCUGCAGCUGCAGCGCAGGCUGCAGCCACCACAGGUGAUAACAAAUCCUGGUCGGGACUCGAUCCAAGAUUUCCACAAAUCGCUUCUCUCAUGGGAAGCUAUUCCAGAGGACUUCCAUGGAGUGCCGACCUCACCCGAUUACUUUUGAGCCCUGGAGGAAGAUUGUGCCGACCCAAGAAACGCUACAUUUGUAAGUACUGCAACCGCGAGUUUUCUAAAAGCUACAACCUUCUAAUUCACGAACGCACGCACACGGACGAGCGACCAUUCCCUUGUGAUAUUUGUGGCAAGGCCUUCAGAAGACAAGACCACCUUCGUGAUCACAAAUACAUCCACAGUAAAGACAAGCCUUUCAAAUGUGAAGUUUGUGGUAAAGGUUUUUGUCAAGCGAGAACUCUUGCAGUUCACAAAAGCCAACAUACCCACGAGUUGACUCCAAUCCCAGAUCUGGACAGUUGCUCAGAAACGGAAACUUCCUCGCGAUCACCGUCGGAUGUCCACUACAUAAUUUCUUCGUCACUCAAAAUGCGAGGUCAUUUGACCCCACCGAGUCCAUCACCCGCAUCGUCACCACCGAUCGACAUCAUCAAUAUUCAAGAAGGAGAAGAGACAGAAGACCUUGACGAGCCUAUGCUCACUAUUGCUGAAGAAGUCCACGUCAACGAAGCGCCUGUGCCGAGACGUCUUGGAUUCUCCAUCGCUGACAUCAUGAAGAGAUAAAACGCAUAUAUAGACAGCAAAGUGCUUCACUACAUUGGCAUUAUUUCGUGAAUUAUUUACAGUGUAAUUAUUUAAAAUUUUUUAUUAUUUUCGUCCGUUGUGUAAUUAAUUGU